AUGCUUUGUGAUCCUGCACCCUGCUACCAAUUAAUCGCCUCCGAAUUUAAUCGAAUCGCCCACAAGACCGUCUUGGUCCACACCAUGUCGAAGGAGCUGGAACAGCAGAAACCUGGUCGAAUGCCACUUCUUGCAGCGAAGGCGAUGAGUUCGGUGGGGUUUGCAUUGAGUGUUCUGGCUAUAUGGCUGGAUUGGAUAUUGCCUGUGGCGAGGCCGCUGGUUCCCGAAUUGCCCAUUCUUCAUCCCCCGACGCGAGAGAAGCCGCAUCGAAGGCGGUCGGCUCCCGCUUCGUUUGGAUCCAACGCCGUUCGGCGUUCUCGAAAACGCAGAGCGAUCCCCGCUCGCGCAAACACAUCGCCUACAGCGCGUGACACGCACGAGCCAUCCACGACCACGACCGUACGCGAAGCCGUCCAAGUCGUAUCAGAUACACCAGAGCCAACGCCCGCUGCGGAUGUUGAUGACCGCCAAUUAUCUUCUUCCUCGACACUGGUUGCUACGCCUCCAAAGCAUUUGGCUUUCCAGCAGCCUCACCUUGAUACUUGCGACGAAUCUGUGGAAUCGGAUGGCUCGCGUAUGUCUUCUGGACCUUCCGCCCACCCCCGCCUUCCUCGAAUGAAGCUUUUGUUAAGCAAGACGCGUAAAGCUUCCUUAAACGCUGAAUUAUCUCCUCCAGCGGCUUCGAUAUCCUCCGAAUGUAAAUCUGCGCCGUCUAAUUCUUCGGUCGCUCCGUCUAAUAGCGGGGCAUUAGUGAAUGAAACCCCCGUGAAGCCCGCGCGCAAAAGACCUGCCUCUGGGUUUGUCCCACCUUGGAUCCUCCCUCGAUCCAGUAUCACAUCCGAUACAACAUCCGAAACGCUGCCCAAGACCGCUUCACCCGCUCGAUCUUUUUUCUCUCGGCGUCCGUCAUCCGCCCGCCAACCUACAAGCCCUCAGUCAACUCGAUCGUCGAUCGAGCAACCGCCCAGACCUUCGACUCCAACGCCCGUCUCUACUGCAAGUUUCUGUCGUUCGAAAGUCGAUCGUCGUCGGUCGGCGCCCGUCCCUCGAACGCAACCAUACGAAUAUCCGUACUUUGCCGCCAUGCCUACCCCUUAUGAUGAUGUGAAUGUUGUUGAGGAACCCGUCGUAAAGCGAGAGCCCGUUGAUGAAAUGGGUCGGCUGACCGCUCGGAACUCGGCGUCACCAGAGCCAAUCGUAAUUGAAUCGGAUGGGAGGAUAGGUAGGCCGAACUCGCGGCAGGUCAAUGCGAUCGAGCAGGCCCAACUUGGGUUGGGACGCCGUCCGUCAUCAAAACGAAGAUCAACGAGUGAGAGCUGGGCACAAAGAAGUGUGUCACGGUCAUGA